CCGUACUCCUCGGUCUGUCAUAGCAGGCGCUGUGUUGUUGACAAUUACCAGCACUCUUAUUUAGUUAGAAAUGCGUUGACAAGUGACGAAAUUGGGGAAGGAAGCUCAUCAUCAAAAUUGAGAUCAUUUCAUCAACCAUCACACCAAUUGAACUGCUGUUGCUCUAUUUAGCAUUCUGUAUCAAUGGCCAAGCUGAUAUCAGGAUCACAAUCAUCUCUUCUGCUUCCACUGCUUCAGCCACAUGCUAAAUUGCCGGGAAAAGGACACUUGUUUCUCAACUUUGGGGCAGUGUCUGUUUUUCCUUGCUGUAAACUUGUGUCUUUAUCAACUAAACCAAGGAACUUUCAGCUCCCUUUAACACCUUUAGCUUUCUCAACGUAUCCUCAACUUCACAGGUUUAUCACUGCAUCUGUUUCAAGUGCUUCAAAUGUCAAUAUUGAGUCACCAAAUGAGGUGCUCGACAUAAAGCCAGAUACUACUAGUGGAGAUGGCGAUGAUGGUAAUAAUGGAGACAACAGUGGUGGAGGCGGUGGUGGGGGUGGAGACAGAGGUGAUAGUAACGGUGGAAACACAGGUAAUGAAGGGUCAGAUGAUGCUGAUGCCAAGAAGAAUAAGGCUCUUUUGAUGUCUCAGAAGUUUACUCUAGCCUAUGCUGCCCUGGUUGGACUGGGAGGUCUUAUGGGCUUUUUGAAGAGUGGCAGCCAAAAAUCUCUGGCAUUUGGUGGACUAUCUGCUCUUCUAUUAUACUACGUCUAUUCUGAGCUUCCUAAACGACCGGUUUAUGCUUCUGCAGUGGGGCUCGGCCUGUCUGCUGCCCUCCUGGUUGUGAUGGGAAAACGGUUCAAGAAGUCGGGAAAGGUAUUCCCUGCUGGUGUCGUCUCACUUGUGUCUCUGAUUAUGACUGGCGGUUAUAUUCACGGGGUUAUGAAAACUUCACACUGAGAUGAAGUUUCAAUUGCAUAGGUGAAAAGUUAGUUAAACUUGGAGCUUCAUGUGUAGUUUAUGGAAGAGUUUUUCUUGCUUGCUAAGCUUUUUAGCCUAAUACUUUUGUAAUUCUUUUCAAGAGUUUGUAUUGGGUUUUCUGUAGUACUGCUUACUAAUGCUGUUGGGAUAUGAAAUUUUCUGGAAAAGCUA